AUGUCGCUAUGUAAAAUACGGAGCAAAUCUGUUGGAAACGAUGACAAAACGAUGGUUGAUCCAUAUGGAGAGGGGUUCAUCUUAGCAAUACUGGGUGCUGUGACUUAUGAGUUCGAGGUUACCUCUCCAAUUUCCCCAGCCAGGCUUUUCAAAGCCCUUGUUUUUGAAGCCGACAAGCUUUUCCCCAAGGCUGCCCCUCAUGCAAUCAAGAGCGUUGAACUCGAAGGGGACGGUGGCCCUGGACCCUCGUCAAGAUCAACUUUGCUAAAGGUUACUUACCUUCCAUUCGAGUAUGUGAAGCACAAGGUCGAAGGACAAGACCAAGACAACUUGUCGUACAGUUACCGUGUGAUCGAAGGUGGCUCUUUGGGAGAGAAGCUUGAGAAAAUCUCUUUCGAGAACAAGUUAGUGGCAGCUGCUGCAGGUGAAGGAACCCUUGUCAAGAGCUUAAUGAAGUUUUUCACCGUUGCUGAUUCCACUUUCACUGAAGAUGAAAUUAAGGAACAAAUUAAAAGAAUGGAUGGAGUUUACAAGGCUGUUGAAUCUUACCUCUUGGCAAACCCCCAUGUCUGCAACUAG